AUGAAGCUCACUAGUCUUCUCCUCAGCGCCCUUUUCGCUACCGGUCUCAGCGCCGCUCCUGUCGCUGAUGCUGAGCAGAGCGAGGUACUUGACGGUAAAAAGAUCUUCGGUCGAUCGGGUCAGUUGUGCAGAGUUCUCUACAGCGAGCAUGUCAACUGCCGCUCUGGGCCUGGCACGAAUUACCCAGUUGUGGUACAACUAUCCAAGGAGUGGACACGCGGGUAUUACUUCACUUGCGUUAAGUCUGGAGAAUGCAUCACAUACAAUGGUGCCGUCAAUUGUGGUUGGGACUACUUUGAGGAGGAUAAGUGCUACGUAAACGGCCAUGCAACCGAUAGCUCUUGUACUCUGGGAUAG